AAUUAUAUUACAGCGUUUACUGCGCUCUGUAUAAAAGACGCUUUAAAACUCACGAAUGGGGACGCUGGAGGCUUCUGGGAUUGAUGACUGUAGGUUCUGUCAAAUAGCAAACAACAAAACUGACACAGAGAUCCUGCUGAGCGACGAUGAGCUGGUUUGCUUUCGUGACAUGAAGCCUGGAGCCACCCAUCACUACCUGGUUAUUCCCAGGAUGCAUAUCAGCAACUGUAAAACCCUUAAGGUGGACAACAUACCUCUAGUGGAGCGGAUGGAACAAAUGGGAAGACAUAUACUGGAGAAGAACAAAGUCUGCAGCCUCGAUGACGUCAGGCUGGGGUUUCAUCUCCCUCCAUUCUCGUCAGUUCCCCACCUCCACCUCCACGCUUUGGCUCCAGCCAGUAAGAUGAACUUGAAGUCUCAGCUUCGCUACGGGCAGCAGUCUUACUGGUUUAUUACAGUAGACAAAGUGCUUUCACAGCUGAAGACUCAUGGCAAAGUGAAAUGAACAGAUACAGGUGUAGCAACCUUGUUUGCUGCUUACAGGUUAUUUAAUUAGCAUCCACCGCACUGAGUCCACUUUACAUGACUUCUCCAGCCUGUUUGGCAUUCUGGUGCUAAUACGUUUGAAUAUUUUCCUCCAUGCCGCAUGCUGACUUGGUUGUGGAGAAGAGUUCUUUGUAUUAAAUUUUUUUUACUUCUGUUUUUUUUUUUUUCAUUUUUAUAAAUUGUAUAG